AUGGCUGCUAAGACCAAGACCGAUAUCCACCUGUACACCAUGGGCACGCCCAACGGUAUCAAGGUCUCCAUUCUGCUGGAGGAGCUUGGCCUGGACUACAAGACCACCGCCAUUGACAUUUCCAAGAACACCCAGAAGGAGCCCUGGUUCCUCGAGAUCAACCCCAAUGGCCGCAUCCCCGCGUUGACCGACACCUUUGAGGAUGGCAAGUCCAUCCGUCUGUUUGAGAGCGGAAGCAUCAUGCAGUACCUCGUCGACCGCUACGACAAGGACCACAAGGUCUCCUACCCGUACGGAUCUCGCGAGUACUGGGAGGUGAACAACUGGCUGCACUGGCAGAUGGGUGGUCUCGGACCCAUGCAGGGACAGGCCAACCACUUCAAGCGCUACGCUCCCGAGAAGAUCCAGUACGGCAUCGACCGCUACACCAACGAGACCCGCCGCCUGUACCGCACCAUGGACACCCAGCUCAAGGCGAACCCCCACGGCUACCUCGUAGGCGACCGGGUGACCAUCGCCGACAUGGCGUGCUGGGGCUGGGUCGCGGCUGCCAAGUGGGCUGGCAUCGACCUCGAGGAGUUCCCCGCGCUGAAGGCGUGGCUGUGGAAGCUCGUCGAGCGUCCCGGUUUCGAGGCGGGACGUCACGUUCCCUCGCCUCACAAGGCGCUGGAGCACUACAGCAAGACGGACGAGGAGCUCGAUGAGCAGGCCAAGGGUGCCAGCGCGUGGAUCCUGAAGGGCAUGCAGGAGGAUGCCGCCAAGAAAUAG